GUGAGAAAAAUAUGUAAUCAUCCCCCUAACCCCAAUGAAACCAAUUAGGUCUGUGAUUGAAUGUAAGCUACUAAAGAAAAGUAAUGAGGUGAUUACUGGCAUCCAGUGGGGACUAUAGUCUUAUUUCCAGAAAGCUACAGUACCAUGACCCAAUCACGUGCAACACAGCCUCAAACCAUGUUCUUUUGAGCUGAUGUGUAACUGUAUGUAGCGACCUUACUUUACUCAGCCUUUAGCCCUGCACCUCCCUGCAUCCCUGUAGCUUUGUCACGUAAUGACUGACACAUGUUUAAUUAAGCAAGAUUUCUCACCUUUUUACUAAUAAAAGUAGCACUAUACAUUAGUUACCACAUUUAGAAGAAACAAUGGGAAAAUAUGCACGACAGGAUUAAAAAGAUGUCUAAUUUUCUUUCAACAAUCGGGGAGAGGAUCUUACAAGUGUUGUCCUUUUUUAGUGCAUAGCUUUGGCAGCUGGAAGAACCUGUGGCUUCUUCAUAUACCGAGAAAGAAAUUGUUACUCCUUCUUACACGACUUCAACGGCUGACACAGGCUGUUAGUGCCAGCAGCAUAGCAAGCACUGCCAUGGUUACCUGUGUGGAAAGCAAGUCAUUAGGGACUCUGACUUCUCCCAUCCCACAUCUCUCAGCCAGGCAUCAUCAACAUGUUUACUGACACCAGCAAAGAAUGACUACACAUAUAACAUCUAUUCUACAAAGAUAAAAUCAAGGCCAAAAUCAUGCGAUCAAGGCUUUUCUCUCACGUUGCUAGCAUUUCAUGCUGCCAUACUACAUGUUGAUGAAAUGUAUUGAAUUUUCUGAAGAUUGUAAUAUACCUGUAACAAUUGAUGUAAUUUUACUACAACGAUGAAUAUAAAUUUAAAUGUUUUCAUGAAUUUGAUAACUAUCCGCUGGCUGUUGUGAUUUUUUCAUCCAUCAGGGACUGAUGAUGGCGGGGGUGUUGGAGGGUGGGGGAGGAGAACGACACAGCCACAGAUAAAUUUGUCUUUGAGUACGCCCUGAACAGUGAGUCAGCAUCAUCUCAAAGAGGAGCAUGCACGCACAAUGUAUGUUUGGGAUUUUGAUUUGUGGAAAAUGAUUUGGAUGCUCUCCGUCUGGGUGGUGACGGGCCUGCCGGCUCUUUGCAGGGGACAGCACACUGUGCUUGAAGGAUAUAGGCUGUCUGAGUCUGGCUACCAUCUAUGUGUUCACAAUGUGACAAGGAAUGUCACCUUCCUGGUGAUGCACACAGUCCCCUACGCCGUCACAAAGCCUUGUGGCGGCUGGCUCCCCUGGAAGACAUGUACAGUCACACUUUACAGAAUGACCCAUCAGACCGAGCACAAGACAGUGAUGGAGCAGGUGACAGGAUGCUGCAGUGGCUACGAACAAGUCGGCCGUUACUGCGCACGGCCUGUAAACUGGAGUGCAGAGCUCACUGCCAAGCCAGGAUCCUGUCCAACUGCAAAUGGAUUGUGUCCCAGAUCUGAGGACUGCGAGUGGGACAUGGACUGCCCAGGCUGGCAGAAAUGCUGCCCCCAAUUGGGCCACUUUCUCUGCAUGGAUCCUACAAGCACAGCUAAUUAUUCUGAAAAUGGAAGAUGCCGAUUUAAUGCCACGGUGACGGUGAAGACAGAUUACGAGCAACUGAUUUCCAGUGAAGGAGGAAUUAUGAAUCAUACGCGGUUGCUACAUGCAAUGGUGACUGGAGCUCUGCAGUCUGACGUUUCCGUUUAUUACCUCAGCUCACAGCCUAUGCAUCCCUAUAGAACCGCCACCUCGCUGCUGGUUGAGGGCAACUUUGCACUUUCACUGCACAAUGUCACGUCAAAGCUGCAUCAUCUCCUCAAACACAUCCAAGAGGUGACAUCUGUCAGUGUGGAAGAUGUUGAUGAGUGUGCACAGUCUGCGCUCAGUCAGUGCUCCCUUCAUGCAGACUGUAACAACACAGUGGGCUCUUACCGUUGCACAUGCCACCACGGAUAUAUUGAUCUAGACUUCAGGAACCCUGGAGCCUAUUGCACAGCUGACCUGAGGGUUACCACCACUACAGAGCUUGCUGUUACCUUCCGUACAUCAGGGACCACACCCUACACCGCAGCCUCCAACAGCACACUAGAAGACCUGCCCAGCAUGAGCUUAACUGUCGAGCCACCUCUGCCGACAUACACGUGCUCUCCUCCCAGAAUCACUAGUGUGUGGUCGGCUAACGUCAGUGGAACCUCCUUCGACGUCUACUGGUCGAGCUGGACAAACCAGACAUACCAGGUUGUUCUGAGUAGACGGUCAGAAAUAGUUGGGUCUUGGAUUACCAACCAGAGGAUGUUGCAGGUGAGAGACCUGCAGCCAGGAGUGCUCUACAACAUUGCCGUCACGCCCUGUUCCUGUGGAAACCAAGGAGACGCCCUUGGUAUAUUGGUCAAGACUGAUGCUCUGACUCUCGACGCCACAACGCGACUCACCAACAUCCAGUUCACUGCCGAUCUGCACAACACCAGCAGCCAGGCCUACGAAAACCUCACUGAGAGCAUCAGAGAGGAGAUCUACCAGUCCCUUUCUGCAGAGUUGAAGGCCAUGGUGGAUUCCGGCCAGGUGAGAAUUGACAUCAGAAGCUUUUCCCCGGGGAGUGUCGUGGUCAAUUUCACCAUCGUCUUCGCCUCCAGUCAAAGCCAGGACAUUGGUGAUGUGUCCAAAGCUCUGCUGGACUCCCUGAUGAACAGCACCAAAUACAGAGUGGACCAAAACAACACAAGCACAAAUGAUUUUAAUGAAUGUGCUUCAGGGGAAAAUGACUGUUCCCAAUGGGCUACAUGCAUGAACACCUGGGGCUCCUACUUAUGUGUUUGCCUGGAAGGAUUAAUAGACAACAGCCCAAAAAGGCCUGGGCGAGCCUGUCAAGAAAAUGCAACAACCACCAUUACAGUGCCUGCAACUAUCAUUACUGCCCCAACAAGUAACAUAACUGCCACCGCAGCUACUAAUACUGCCCCAAAAGUCAACUUUACUGGUCCAACAACCAACGUUACUGCCUCAAAAACCAUCGGUACUGCCCCAACAACUAACGUUACUGCCUCAACCACCAUCAGUACUGCCCCAACAACCAAUGUUACUGCCCCAACAACCAUCGAUACUGCCCCAACAACCAACAUUACUGCCCCAACAACCAACGUUACUGCCCCAACAACCAAUGUUACUGCCCCAACAACCAUCGAUACUGCCCCAACAACCAACAUUACUGCCCCAACAACCAACGUUACUGCCUCAACAACCAUCAGUACUGCCCCAACAACCAACGUUACCGCCCCAACAACCAACAUUACUGCCCCAACAACCAACGUUACUGCCUCAACAACCAUCAGUACUGCCCCAACAACCAACGUUACCGCCCCGACAACCAACAUUACUGCCCCAACAACCAACGUUACUGCCUCAACAACCAUCAGUACUGCCCCAACAACCAAUGUUACUGCCUCAACAACCAUCAGUACUGCCCCAACCACCAACGUUACCACCUCAACAACCAUCGGUACUGCCCCAACAACCAACAUUACUGCCUCAACAACCAUCAGUACUGCCCCAACAACCAACGUUACUGCCUCAACAACCAUCAGUACUGCCCCAACAACCAACAUUACUGCCCCAACAACCAACGUUACUGCCCCAACAACCAUCGGUACUGCCCCAACAACCAACAUUACUGCCCCAACAACCAACGUUACUGCCCCAACAACCAACGUUACUGCAACAGCAAAUAACAGAACUGAACCAACCGUCAACUUCACUGCUCCAACAACCAACGUUCCUGAACCAACAGUCCACUUCACCUAUACGUCCUCCGUUGCUAGACCCAUUAUCACCAUUACAACUCCUACAACCAUCGCUACUGGCCCGAGAACUGCCACAAAUGUCUCUCUGCUGGGAGAAAUAUCGGUCCAGUGCAGGGUUGCUGCCAUCACUGUGACAGUUGCCAAAGACUUUCUCAUGACCAACAAGAUCAGGGAGCGCACGCUAUACUUGGGAUCCCCGGAAUGUACCAUCAAUGGAGAAAACGCCAGCCAUGCCCAGCUGACUGUGGCCUGGAAUGAGUGUGGUACCAGUAUAGCGCAUAAUGAAACCCACUACAUGACAUCUGUAACUCUCUUCAACAACAUGGAAAUGUCCACGUCAGGGAGCGAAAAAGUGGAGGAACCCAGAAUACGGCUGGAGGCUCCCAUCAUGUGUACCUACAAGAAGAGCACGCUCAUCUCGGCUGACUUUGGCUUCAUGGGUUAUGAUAUGAUCAAAGACCUUAUCACAGGCUCGGGAUCGCUACAGAUGACAUUGCAACUGAUGGCCGGUACAAUGCCUCUACCCAACAACCACAGCUUAUCCUCUGAUGAGGCUGUGGUGGUGGAGGUCAGCAUCAACCACUCUUCUGAGCAGAUGAAAGCAGUCAUCAACAAAUGCUGGGCCACUCCCACCCAAAACUCUGAAGACGCAAACCGCGUUACCUUCCUGGAGAACAGCUGUUCACAGAACAACUACACAAAGGUGUUAAUGAACGGGAACUCCACCACAUCUCGUGUGUCUGUGCAGAUUUUCUCCGUCGUCAACCUGAAUGUGAUCUAUGUGCACUGCCUGGUCCAGGUCUGUGUGGAGACCGGAUCAGAUACCUGUGUGCCUGACUGUAUGCAAAGAACAGCUCGGUCUUCAAAAACGAUUGGCAAUACUGUCAGUUCUUCCCGGGCUCUGCUGAGGUCAAAUGAUGAGUCCUUAGAGGAGGGAUUUAGCACUCUCUACAUAGCCGGCAUCUCGUGCCUUGGAGUCGGCCUGACUCUGUUCAUCGUCAUCGGUUUCGUCUGUAUUUUCUACUUCCACAGGAACCGCAUUGGACACUACAACUUCAGCGCCAAACCCAAACAGGAGAACUUCACCUACAUUGUCUUUAACACCUAAAGGUGUAGCAGCAUCCACUAUCAUCACAGUAAAGCUACCACCGAGUGGCACUAUUGUACUAUUCACAUAUUAGAUCCAAUAGAAACGUUGCAAACCUUUGAACAUUAAACAACAAAAAAUACAGAUAUUUAUCUUCAUGUUUACAUUUUAAAUAUCCAUAACAAAUAUUUAAUAUAUUGAAAUGA